GUAUUGGGGCGCCGGAUGGAGCAAGGGGUGCUUACGGGAAUUGGAGGGGACGCGGUGUCUUAUCCACCCCCGGAUUUCUGGGCUCCGGCUCACGAGUCCCUCCAGUCCCGAGGGACUGAGGACGAUGUGCGUCUGAGCCGUCCCCUCCACUUGCCCCCCAUCCCCCCGGGCAGCCGCCGCGUCCCCUUUAAAUGCCCGGGAGCCGGAGCCGGAGCCGGAGCCGCGGCCGGCGCUGCGGCUGCUGCAGCAGCGGAGCCCACCGCAGUCCCCACACGUCACAAGCGACUGUCCAAUCACAGAGGCGCCGGCGCACAUCAAAGGGGCGGGCCGCCCGAGGCCACGCCUCCCUCCUCCCCCGGAGGCUCCCGGAGCGCCAGCCAAGGGCUGUGGACUUUCUCAUCCGCCGCCUCCAGGGCUCCGGUUCCUGAGAUUUGCAGAAGUGCACCUCCACCUCCUGCCCAUUCCGCUCUCGGGUCCUAAACCCAGCGGCGCAGCGUCCUGGCCCGGCUCUCGGGACCCUUUCCCCAGGUUAUAGGUUACUGAGGGUUGCGGGGGGUAACGGGAGGAGUGACUCCCCGUCCUCCGCCCGUAAAGUUGGUGGAGGGGGUGGUGACAGACAGUUUGCCCCUUUUGCAAAUGGCACUAUAAAUAAAAAACACACUUUCUCCCCUGCU